AUGAUCCGAAGUCCGGAGCAUGUGCAAAACCACGAUGUCUCCAAACCUGUGCUUGAAAACUCGUCCGAAAACGCAGAUGUGGUAAAACCAUGGAGUGAACGUAGUGACACAACACGAGUGAUUCUUCGUCGAAUGUCCUCGAAUCGAAAGCGUCCUACUAUUCUACAUCAUCCGUCACUUGACUGCGCGUCGACUUCUGCUCCGUGCGAACCGCGGUCAGCUCCACCAACAAUGUCAGCGAUUCAAGAGCCAAGGAUUCGCCCAACUCGACAUUCACUUGUUAUUCGAAACGAUAAUACCAUCUCUCGAUUUGUUUUCGAAACCGAUUUUCGUUGUUCGGACAAAUGUGGGGUAUGCUCUAGUACACAUUUGGACACUGUAUUCUCUCCAUGUCGUCACGUCUAUGCUUGUCACGAAUGCGCCCGAGUUAUUUUACGAACGUCUGGGCCAAUCAGUGCUCAGCUAAACAUCAGCAGUCGUCCGAGUCCAAGCAGCACCACGGCUCUUGAGCAGCCAGACGCUUUCAUUAUGUACAACUUACGUUCACGACGAAGACGACAGCGAACCCUAUCUGAGAUCUAUAGCGAUGACGAACCACGAUCUGGAUCUUCCAGUUCAUACUCGAGUUGCGAUUCUGUUGAUGAGAUUCUCGAACGAUACAGAGCGAAUAUUCGACGACUGAGAGACAUGGUGGAUUCGUUUCCAGAUUUAGAUGGAAUUACAGUGAAUCAAGGAACUGUAGACACGAGACUGCCUCAGUUGGGUUUCCACUCAGUUCAUGGGCAGAACGUAAUUUUACAGAAAGGUGGUCGAGUGGCGAGACGAAAGGAAAGCUUUUGCAAGGGACUUGCUUUUUCAAACAGACCUGUCUCCGUUAACGAGAACGUCUGCUUGCGUUUGACUGAAGUGUCAACAAGUUGGUCAGGCGUUCUGAGGUUUGGUGUCACAAAUGUGGAUCCGGAGACAUACAGAAAUAUUCAAGUACCCAAAUUCGCUUGCCCUGAUCUGACUUCAAAAGAAGGGUUUUGGGCAAAAGCUCUCCCUGAACGAUAUUCUGUAGAAGGUAAUAUUCUCCAUUUCUCCAUCACACAUACCGGUGAUUUAUACUAUGGUGUGAAUGGAGUCCAUAAGGGUGUGUUUUUGGUUGGUAUUAAUGUAUCACUUCCUAUAUGGAUCAUUGUGGAUAUUUACGGAAACAGCGUAGCAGUCGAGUUUGUCGAUCCAUCCGACUUCCGCGUGCCCCGUUCGUCAUCGGCUGCUCCCCGUAUAACGAGCGCCAGUAAUCCUAGUCAUGAGCCGGCUGCACCUGUAGAAACACCAGCGGCACCAGCGCCACAAAUACAAAGUGCUACUAGUAGCUCAUCGUCGAACUUUGAAACUCUUCGCUUUCAUCAAAUGACGGGUCGACAUGUUUCCCUUAAUACUAUGCGAAAUAUGGCAAGUCGAUGUAGUAGUGAAUAUACGCAGGGUUAUGUGUUCUCGGAGCGACCAAUCCGUAACAAUGAAAAAGUUGUGAUUGAGGUGCUAAGCGUUCAACAAUUGUACAAAGGUGGCCUCGCAUUCGGAGUUACUUGCUGUGAUCCAUCAACGCUUCGCUCCGCUGAUCUUCCGGAUGAUUCUUCGGAUUUAAUUGAGAUGCCACAAUACUGGGUCGGAAUUAAGGAUAUCGCUCUUCAACCUCGUGUGAAUACCGUGCUCAGUUUUUGGAUUACCGAUGCGGGUGAAGUGAAGUUUGAAAAGGAUCAAGGUCCUGCUCGUACAGUUCUUCAUGUUGACAACUCGCUUCCUCUCUACAUGUAUUUCGACCUCUACGGAUCAACUCAAGCAAUCAAAUUGCGUGGAACAAUGCCGGUAUCCCGAUCUCACUCGCCUCUGCCCAGGUCCACAUCUUCAUCGACAUCUGCGCCGACACGGGUUGCUCUGCCACCGCUACCAACAAUGAUCCGAAGAGAACCUCCUGCUCUGCCAUCAACGCGAUCAUCCCAACCUUACGAAUUCUCGUCGAAUAUUUUGCGUGUCCUUCUACGCGACGAAGCAAAUGGAACCGCAGGACUCCCACUUCCUAAUAUUCUAGACGAUGACUAUGAUGAGAAUAAUGCAAACACACGCAGUCGUCCAUUGCUUCCACCAAGAAGAGGCGUUGAUGAUGCUGUAUUGCGCCGUACUGUGGAUGACCUUCUGACAGACGCUCCGGCAGUAUCUCUACCACGUCCACCACCAAUUGCACCGAGACCGACUCCACUGCUUGGACCUCUUCCUGCUCCUCCAUCGCGUCCUCCUCCACCCACUCCAACUGCAACAGUUAGUAGCAUAGGCUCUGGCAGUACAUCUACGUCGUUACAUAGCGCUACCAGUGCACUGGAUUCAUUGCUUGGACGACCGUCGGGCGCAACUCAGGACCUUCCCUCCUCGUCUCGCUCAUCUUUGCCGAAUCUGCAAAGCUUAUCCGCUUCCUCUGCUACACGUGCAAAAAGCGCUCAGCUGAGUGUGGGGCGACAAUCAAGUGAGCAAGAGGAAGGUCCUCAAGGCGAUGACACGGAUGAAUGCACGGUGUGUAUGUCAGCUCGAGUGAACAGUGCACUGUAUAAAUGUGGCCAUUCGUGUAUGUGUUACGAUUGCGCGAUGCAGACGUACCGUUCAUCGGGUCUAUGUCCGCUGUGCCGUGCUUCAAUUAUGGACGUCAUCAAAAUCUUCAAAGCAUGA